AUGAAACUCGCCAUCCAUUUCUCCUUGUUACUGAUUGUCCUUCAAGCCCACGAUGGUCAUGGAGAUAAAGAUCCACUUCAAGAAAAGCUAGCUUCCAGCAUUGCUGGCUUUGCAUUUAAAGUCUCCAGAGAAGUAGCUUCACUCCAGGGUGGCAAAAAUAUCUUCUUCUCUCCUCUGAGUAUCUCCAUGGCAUUUUCAAUGAUUGGCAUGGGUGCUAAAUCCAACACCCAAAAUCAAAUUUACGAAGGACUUGGAUUGACAUCAAUUGACACAAGCAAGGUCCAUAAAGAAUUUGAACAGCUCAUUCAGAUGCUGAACAGUCCUGGAGCUAAGAUGGACAUAGGAAAUGCCAUGUGGAUAAAACAGUCACAUCAAAUUCUUCCUAAGUUUUCAGAGGAUGUCAAAAGUUUGUACAAAACAGAGAGCUUUAACUUUGAACAACCCUCAAAGGCUGCAAAGCAGAUAAAUGAUUACGUGGCAAAGAAAACCCAUGGGAAAAUUACUAAAGCAGUUGAAGGCUUAGAUCCAAAAACCAUCAUGGUUCUUGUGAACUAUAUCUACUUCAAAGGUAUGUUAAAGAAAGAUAAGUUACAAAUAUUUAAUGCUUUGUAUUGUUGAAUCUGCUAAAACUGGGAGGAAUAACUUAUCCCUUCAAAACAAAAGCAUUUCUACAGUGAAACCAACAAUUUAGUUGAAUGUUCUAAAACAUACAGCAUUUAAUGCAGAAUUAGAGAAAGACAGGUGUUGAGGCUGAAGUGGCUAACCUGAAGGAUUCCAGAUGUUCUCGGGCUACAUCUCCCACCAUCCCUGACGAUUGGCCAUGCUGGCUGAUACUGAUGGUGGUGAAGUCCAGCAACAUCAAGAUCCCUGCCCCUGGAUGCUUCUAAACCACACAGGAAGCAGUUCCAUUUGACUCAGUCCACGUUUUGGCCUGCGGGACCCCACUCUUCCCAUUUCUUGCUGUCUUCUGAAACAUCAAUAGCAGGUUGACUUACCCUUUGUCUGCACUCUCCUGAUUCAACAGACUGCUUUCAUACCCAUAGUUGAAGGUUCAUUCUCUAGCAGGCAGCUGAUCCAGUUCUGAUCCAGUUCUGCUGGAUCUCUCAGCGGCUUUUGAUACCAUCAACCCUAACAUCCUUCUGGACCGUCUUGAGGGGCUAGGAGUUGGGGGUACUGUUAUACAGUGGUUCCACUCCUUUCUCCAUGGGUCCAGAAAGUGGGGGGGGUGUGAGUGUUCAGACCCUUGGGCUCUCACUUGUGGGGUGCCUCAGGGGUCCGUCCUCUCCCCCAUGCUUUUUAACAUCUACAUGCAGCCGCUGGGAGAGAACAUCAGGGGGUUUGGGCUGGGUGUUCAUCAAUAUGCGGAUGAUACCCAGCUCUACCUCUCUGGUAAAUCAGAACCAGUGAAGGCAGUGAAGGUCCUGUGUGGGUAUCUGCAGGGGGUGGGAGGAUGGAUGGCAGCUUAUGGAUUGAGGUUGAAUCCUGACAAGACAGAAGUACUGUUCUUGGGGGACAGGGGGCGGGCUGGUGUGGAGGACACCCUGAUCCUGCUUGGGGUAACUGUGCCCCUGAAGGACCAGGUGCGCAGCCUGGGAGUCAUUUUGGACUCACAGCUGUCCAUGGAGGCGCAGGUUAAUUCUGUGUCCAGGGCAGCUGUUUACCAGCUCCAUCUGGUACGCAGGCUGAGAACCUACCUGCCCGCAGACUGUCUUGCCAGAGUGGUGCAUGCUCUAGUUAUCUCCCACUUGGACUACUGCACUCUACAUGCGGCUUGAAGGUGACUUGGAAACUACAACUAAUCCAGAAUGCGGCAGAUAGACUGGUGACUGGGAGUUGCCGCCGAGAUCACAUAACACCAGUCUUGAAAAACCUACAUUGGCUCCCAGUACGUCUCCGAGCACAAUUCAAAUGUUGGUGCUGACCUUUAAAGCCCCCUAAACAGCCUCGGUCCUGUAUACCUGAAAGAGCGUCUCCACCCCCAUCGUUCAGCCUGGACACUGAGGUCCAGCACCGGGGGCUUCUGGCGGUUUCCUCAUUGCGAGAAGUGAGGUUACAGGGAACCAGACAGAGGGCCUUCUCGGUAGUGGCACCUGCCCUGUGGAAUGCCCUCCCAGCAGAUGUCAAGGCAAUAAACAACUAUUUUACUUUUAAAAGACAACCGAAUGCGGCCCUGUUUAGGGACAUUUUUAAUGUCUGCCUCUUUAUUGUUUUUAAUAUGCGGUUGGAAGCCGCCCGGAGUGGCUGGGGAAACUCAGCCAGAUGGGCGGGGUACUAAUAAAUUAUUAUUAUUAUUAUUAUUAUUAUUAUUAUUAUUAUUAUUCUUGUUCUUGUUCUUGUUGUUGUUAUUAUACUUCUUUUUCAUCUUAGAUGACUGGAAAUAUCCCUUUAACGCUGAAUUAACCCAUAAAAAAGAUUUUUUUAUUGACGAAGGAAAAACUGUGAAAGUUGACAUGAUGGAAAACACGGAGCGUUACAGAUAUUUCCACGAUGAAGCUCUGUCAUGCCGGGUAGUUGAACUUCCUCACAAAGGAGGUGCUGCUGCCUGGUUCAUUCUGCCUGAUGAAGGCAAACUGAAGGAAGUGGAGGAUGCUAUGGGGGAGGAAACUUUGUCCAAAUGGAGAACUUCUUUAAAAAGGUGGUAAGGCUUUUCUCUGCUGUUUCUAAAUGCCUCUGUAGUAGUUAGUAUUUAUUAGAGUUUGGAAUGAAGGCAUCUAUUUUAAAACUGUAAAAUGCCUCUAUUUAAGGGUAUGAAGGUCUGACACUGCAAAUGCAGUUUAUUGCUGAAUGUUAUAAAACUCUUCAUUGCUGAUGAUUUAAUGUUCUGAUUCUCGUUUAGGAGAAAAAUUAGUCUGUCCCUUCCAAAAUUCUCGAUGUCUGCAUCCUAUAAUCUCAAGAAGGUGCUGUCUAGGCUGGGCAUUACUGAUGUGUUUAGCGACAAUGCUGAUCUAUCUGGAAUUACUGGAAGGAGCGACCUGAAGAUUAACAAAGUACGUGUGUAAAUAUCAUGCCUUGGGCAUUUUAUGGUAUGAGAUCAGGCUUUUAAAAGUAACUGACAAAUUUACUUCGAAGCAUUAAGAAUCGGCCCCUGGACCUUUCCACCUUCUCUUGCAGUCUCUGUAGCAAGAAGACAGUGCCUGAUCACUCCUUAUCAGGAGACUCUUUGCCUCCUUGCCAUAGUAACCAGUACAUAGGGUUGUAGGCAGUGUUAGUACCACUCAGAGAUGACCCAUUCAGAAUAAUUUUAUUUAUUUUGUUAGUUAGUUAGUUCCCAUUCUUCACUCUAAGGUCCCAGGGUGAGUUACAACAUUGAAACACAACAUUAAAAAUAGUUUGAAAACUACCUGCAAUCAUAAAAAGAAGGAGGGUCGUAGAAUUGUAGAACUGUAGAGUUGUAAGGGAGCCCCGAGGGUCAUCUAGUCCAACCCCCUGCAAUGCAGGAAUCUCAGCCAAAGCAUCCAUGAUGGAUGGCUAUCCAACCUCUGCUUAAAAGCCUCGAAGGUAUGAGAGUCCAGCACCUCCCUUGAUCUGGAUAUUAUACUGGAAUGGACUUCCUUGGCCUAGAUGCCCCUUUACGCCCCCUAACUCUACCAUUCUAUGAGUCUAUGAAUUAUUCUGGGACCUUUACUGGUGGCAACUGCAUGCACACAGACUGAACUGCAUUGCAUGUGAGAAUUUUGCUUGGGUUAGGGAAAUGCUGCACUAAAUUCCAACACAUCUGAAAGACGAAUCAGAACCCAGUGUUGUGGAGAAAAUCAAAAUAAAGCAGCCAAUCAAAAGACAGUCCAGACUGGAAGUUCUUUGAGGCAGGCAGAACCCAGUCACUCCAUUCUUCUGUGCAUAUUUACAGGCAGCGCUUGUGGCCUUGGAACAAAGGUUUGGAAGGAAUUCUUCCUCCUCGUUCCGAGAACCUUGGCCAUGUGACUUGAGAAGCACCCAGUGGCCCAGUGGGCUUGGUGCUCACCUCACAGGCAUGCCAAGCCUCAAGUGCACAUUCAGUGACUCAAUGAAAGACGGCAUAAGGUGGACCAAGGUCUCCCUUCUUUCUUUCUUUUUAAAAAAAAAUAUAUAUUCAUUUUUCUUUUUCAUUCAUUACAUACAUCUCAAACUCUUAACAUUUACUAUAUAUUCCUCCCUCCCUCCCCUCCAAGGCUUCCCCCAACUUCCGCUUCUGGUUUGUUUCUAUUUUCACCCACUUCGCUAUCUCUUAACAGAAAAAGUUAUUAAUUACGUAACUUUAAGCCUAAAGACAUGAAAAUAACAGGAAAUACACCAUCAUAUUUCACUAUCUUCUAAACAUUUUCUAAUGCUAAUAAUAUGAAUGUUUAUUUAAAUCCUGCCAUCAAGCCUACUGACUUUCUUUGAUUCUGCAAAUAUAAUAUGAAUGGUUCCCAAUCUUUUUCAAAGUCUCUGUUGUCUUUUUCUCUUAGUCUAUCUGUCAUUUUUGCCAGUUCUGCAAAGUUCAUCAACUUCUCUUGCCAUUGUUCUUUAGUUGGUAUUUCUCCAGUCCUCAAGAUGGAUCAAGAUUUCCCUUCACCCAGUACUGCCUCGGUUAUCUGCCCCACUGUCUCUUGAGUUUUCUUUCCUGCCCUGACUAACAACCAAUUAAUAAAAUGCAACUGCAGCCUAACCAAUUAGUCCCAAACAUAUGAAGUUCUGUAGAGGGGAAAAAAGGAGUCAUGAAGCAAAAUAUUCCUCCUCAGCCCCCAAAUAGGCAACUAACGAAACCCCAUACCAUGCAGGGACGGAAGGUGGGCACUCCAAUGAAAAGACUGGAGUGUUUCCACAGAUCGAGGCUUCAAAGCGGCUUAGUGCUUGUGUGCAUUUUUGUUUGUGGGGGUUUUUUCUUUGUGUGUGUUUGUGUGUUUAUUUCCUUGUUUGUGUUUUGAUGGUGGGGGAAGCACUGGGAAAUGAUUCUUGGAAUGAGGAUAGGAGGAUUAUAAAUGUGUUUCACUUUUCAUCUGUGAUAUGUUGCAGGCUGUGAUGGUUUCCAAAAAUAUAUCUUCCUUCCUUCCUGUGCAGGCUACUCACGAGGCUGUUCUGGAUAUACAUGAAGAAGGUAGUGAGGCAGCAGCAGUGACCACUGUAGGGAUUGUUUUUAAAUCUCUAAAACCCCUCUCCUUUCCUAUUCCACUCAUAUUUGACAAGCCAUUCUUUCUCACCAUAUUGGCACCAAAUGAUGGACACAUGCUUUUCUUCGGGAAAGUAGUGAACCCUGCUCAAAAAUAA